ACGUGUAUAGGAGGCUAGCAUGGACGUUCGUCGGAUCCAUGUAUGAACUCUGCGCUCCUCCGAACUUUGCCAGGUCUAAUGUUUCCUUACCAAGCGACACCAGCGAGAGAAUGCGGCUGCUUACUUACACAAGUUUGUUCUGGUUUAUGCUCAAGUCAGGGCUGGCACUGCAGAUCCAGUGUUAUCAGUGUGAAGAGGUCACUCAAAAUGACUGCUCCACACCUGAGUUCAUCGUCAACUGCACUGUCAACGUGCAGGACAUGUGCCAGAAGGAGGUAUUAGUGAUGGAAGACGGGAAGCACUACCGCAAGUCCUGUGCCUCGUCUGGGGCCUGCCUCAUCGCCUCAUCUGGCUACCAGCAGUUCUGCACAGGGAAGCUCUACUCUGUGUGCAUCAGCUGCUGCAACACACCCCUCUGUAAUGGACCCCGUCAGAAGAAACAGAGUUCCAGAAACAGAGUUCCCUCUGCCGCCUCAUCUCUAAGCCUGCUACACAGCCUUUCCCUCCUUUUUCUUCCCUUCCUCAUGCGCCCACACUCCAUAUUCAACUGAGAGGCUAUGAUUGGCUGGUUUGGUCUCAUCAAGACUGUGGUCCAGCUUUUGAGGCUUUUGAGCCUGUGUUUCAGUGAAAGGUUAUCCUGCCUGUAUGGUGUCUAUAUCUUCAAUGGAUGUAUGACACUGUCCUAAUAUGGACACCGUAUUUAGAUGAUGUCCUAAUAAGGACAGCAACUAAAGGUCAAAGGACAUUGAUUGAAGAAAGGUUCUGAAGGAACCUCCCAAAUAUGUUUAUAAAGUCAGUGGAAGUGAAGUGGCCAUGGAGUGACGUCACUUCCAACAGGUCACUUUUUUUCUGUGGACUCUAUGGGGCUGAUCUUUACAUUGACAUCACUGAUUGACACAUUGACUGGCCAACUGAGGGCACUACAAGGUGAUAUGUAUAUUUGUAGAUGAACUGGACGAGGAAUAUUUGUACAGUAAGGGCUCUAUUCAAUCUGUAUCGCUGAAGCGCUAAAGAUUGCACGUGUAGAAAUGUUAAGGUAAUUUCCAAUUGAGUCUCUGUGACAGCGGGAACAUUGUCUCUAAUUGUCAAUCGCGCUAUAAAAGUGAACUGGACUACAGACACAUAAGAUGAACAAAAACCCAAAUAAACCAACCAAAACUAACUGACCAUUUUUUAAAUUACGGCAUCCAUUUUAGGAAGUCGUCGAGUCUGUAAGUGGUCAGUUAUGGAUGCCAUGCAAAUCAAUGGAAAAGUAUACUUUGGACACAAUUUACAAUGCAGUCACCAAGUCAUGAUGAACAAUGUUGAGCAAGUAGUUUUCAGUUAAGUGAAUGUGAUAAUGAGUUACAGUAUGGAGAAGUGUUUAUCUCAUGUCAAGGAAAGAAAUCACUCUAAUUAACACUUCAAAUACGAAGAUUUUUCAAUGUUCCAGCUUUUCCAAUGUACAGUACGAGAUGAAAUUGGUAAAAAAUUAUCCUGACUGUGCUUCGACUGCAUGUAAUAUGUUAGACUCCUCACGUCUUUAGUCUGUAGAGGCACCUCACUUACAAAUCAGCUUGUGACAGAUUGUUGCCGUGGGACACACUGUAUCCCUCUCCGAUUGAUUGAAUACUGUAAUACAGAAGACAGCUUAGUGGCUCUCCUUUGGUUCAACUUUCACGGUCACCUAGAAGUCAUUCUUGACUGUAUUGACUCACCACAUAAAUUCUACUUCAUAACCGAAGCCAAGAAGCAUAUUAAGCCCCUCUUAUCAAAUCAAAUUGUAUUUGUCACCUGCGCUGAAUACAACAGGUCUAGACCUUACCGUGAAAUG